UCUGAGCUUGCAGCAAAGCUAGGGCAGAGGAUUGGCUAGUUGUCCCGGGGCUCAGAGGACUUUCUCCGGGGAUCCGCGGCUGCGAUCGAGGUGGUUCGGGCUGGCUUGGGGCUGCGCGUGGCCCGCCUUGGGCAACCAGAACACGACAAUGGGCACCCCAGCCUCUGUGGUGAGUGAGCCUCCCCUUUGGCAGGCUCCCACGGAGGCCCGGGGCCGCAAGCAGGCCUCAGCCAACAUCUUCCAGGAUGCUGAGCUAUUGCAGAUCCAGGGCCUGUUUCAGCGCAGUGGGGACCAGCUGGCCGAGGAGCGGGCCCAGAUCAUUUGGGAGUGUGCGGGGGACCACCGGGUGGCAGAGGCCCUGAGGAGGCUGCGCAGGAAAAGGCCCCCCAGGCAGAGGCCCCUGGCCACAUCCUUGCAUCACUGCAGCCGGCUCAGCAGAAUCCCAGAGCCUUGUUCUCCACCUGCCAAUCCACAGAGCAGUGUCACAGAGACAACUUCCAGCGAGCAACAGCAGAACUCCAGGAGGACAAGUGCCAGGGCCCGGCGGAGCUGGAGAAAGCCAAGCCCCACAGCCUACCUUCACCAGAUCAGACACUGAUCCAGGCAAGAGGCCAGGAGCGGCAGGAUCUUCCCUAAGGAGUCAUGGGACUGUGGCCAAAGGGCCUGGGGAGGUGAAGGAAACUGAAGGCAGGCAGCCCUACGCAGGUAAACGAAAGGCACAGGCCUGCUCAACUGGGAACAGGGCUGCUCUGUCUACUGGGUUAUGCACUGCAUGAGACCCACUGCUUGUGUUUCAGACCUUCCUAACACUACAUGGGCUGCAUAGUUCUCUGGGAGCGACAGGCACUCAGGCGUAGCAUCUGAGCACUUCUGUCACUAACCAGUCCACUGGCUACUACUGCACUCAUGAUCCAGCAGCUUGUUCCCAUGCCCAUGCCAUCAGGCCAGCGUAAGAAAACCCGUUUAAGUGACAAUAAAAACAUUUGCACCAAGAACCCUGUGAGUCUGUCCUAAAAGGGGAAAGUCCAAGUAGAGACCAGAGGCAGAAGGGAGUAGCUCCCCAUGAAGGAGAAAUCGGGGCUGGACUCUGCUGGUUCCUCACCCCAUGUCCUGGAGUCGCUGUGCGGCAGCCUCCUUCUGCAGAAGCUGCUGGGUCAGGAACAAAGAAGGGGCAGCUGCUGUGGCCAGCCCCACACAACCAGCAAAGGGCCCUUGCUUGAAUCUGUAGUCUUAAGGAGUGAGCACCAGCACUUCUGGGAGGCUUCUUCAUCCCUAGGGGUCGAUCAUCCCAAGGGAGGGCAAAAGAUGGGCCAAUCAUUCUAAACACCUCUGCUAGCCUAGGUUCUCCAUGGCCUCGCAGCCUUGAGGUGAAGGCUUUUUCCUACUUUCCUGGCUAUCCCUCAGAGGCUUGCCAACAUUCCCCUCCUUCCCACCCUUCCGACCUGCCACAUUAUCCCAACACCAUUCAAAAUAA